AUGCUGUCGUCUGCCAAGUCCAUGGACGAUGAGGCGGCGCGGCUGGCGGUGCUACGCGACCCGAAGCGCAUGGCUGCAUUGCUCGUGCGCGCCUUCUCGUCCUCCAUACUGGAUGAUUCGUUCCAGGAGCUCGAAAGACGAGCGAGCGCCGGUACAGCGACUGAAGCUGCGCCUCUGCGAGUAGUUAUCCGUCCUUUGGAGGCGGCGGCAACAGCGCUGCAAACGGCCACACGCAUCGUCGAAGAGUUGCGCCUCAAGAUGCUGCUGAAAGCGGGUCAACAGAUGGAGCGGCAGCGACAGGACAAUGACGAGCCUCCUUUCUCCUCGCCACCAGUAGAAAACAAUACCGGUACGCCGACUGGAGGACCCGGCGUUCCGGUGCCACAUGCACGUGUGCGCUCCGACUCCGCAUGUAGUGGCUGCGGCAAGUCGUUUAAUCCGUUCCAUCGCAGUAAGAAUUGUGCGGCAUGCGGGUUCGCCUUCUGUCCCAAGUGUUCGUCCAAGAACUUCGUGCUGCCCACAUGCUUUGGCUACCACGAUGAAUCGGUGCGCACCUGUGACUUGUGUGCAAAAUGGUUCCAGAAAGCAAUGGACCGAUACUUUGACGCUAUGGAACUGACAAAAGAACAAGAGCAAGAUGCCUCCAUCCAUCGCGGUAGUAUGGGUGAAAUCACGAUAGAGGAGAAGCCUCGAUCAUUGUCCAGUUUCAACAGCACUCCAGCGCCUACAAAUGACGGAUUACUGUCGGUGAUAACGCGACGGUCGUCUGUGUCGUCCCCUGACCCCGUUCCUAGCGACGACGUGGCGGACGAAAGUGUCGAUAAUGAUGACCAGAUCGCUCCAUCAACCUCCACGUCCUCCUCAUCAAGACGACGACAUCGCCGUCAAUCGGUAACGUCCGCUCCAGCGUCGUCAUUGAGCAAGAAUAAGCCAUGGUUCAGUGGCCACUUACGUGCCAUGCAUGUGAAUGAUCGACUACCACGAAAGAAGAAAACAAGAGGAGAAAGUGAAGGUGGUGAGACGGAAAACAACAGUCCAGAGCUUCGGUCGCGAAGGAGUCGCUUGAGUAGCGUGGCAAAGAGAAGUCGACGCUCUAAGUUCUCGAGAUCGGCCAGUUUUGACCUCGCGAAUCUACAGUCGAGUGUAUCACCCGAUUCAUCGCCAGAAAUGAAGCGCUGCAACACAUUUGGUCCAAAUGACGGAAGAAAACUGGCUUCGGACGCUUUCGAUGACAGUGACAUCGUGGAUGAACGUGCACAGCUUGACUCAGCAGAGGUGAAGAUGAACAGUGAAGCAAAACUAUCUGCAGCUGUGUUGCGCUUCGCAGUGUAUGAAAUGGGCGGGAAAGAAGGCGCCGGCUUACGACGUACGUUUGGAUUUACCAAGGCCAACCCGGUGCUGGAUCGAUAUACAUUGGAGCUUGACUGUCGCCAACGAAUCGUACGAGCAAAGUCAGUCUUCAUGCAUCGCUUCUGGUCGUUCCACUGCGACUCGGUUCAAUCGUUCGUGUAUGGCUCCUCGGAUGGGAUGGCACGGCUUGUUGUAUUCAAUGGCGGACAGGGCAAUCAAACGCUAGAGUUGAAGUUUGCGAAUGAUGACGAACGAGAGCAGUUCAAGCAGGCCAUGGACAGUUGCCGAUCAAUUAACUUGGAUAGGAUGCGCAAAUUUGCUUUGCGGACUGCUAUGUCACUUCCUGUGCGACCUGAGCUCCCGGCAUCUCCCGUACUGGACAAUUUCCACUCGCCGGUACCCCUAGAGCCAAGUACUACUUUCUCAGCGGACAUGUCGACGUCGAUCGAGUCAGAAUUGGGGCUGACGCAUGAAAUUGGCAGUGAUAAUACUUGCAAUUCGCCAGUUCUACAGUCGAUUCAUGUGCCGCUGUUACCUGGAGAAGCAGUGGUGAAAGAUACUGAGCUUCAAGCGACCAUGCUCAUCGGUCCGGUUAGCGAAACUUACGAGUCCACACUUGUAUGGGGGAGGAUUCGUGGCAAAAUCGCCGUGACGAAUUACCGGGUGAUCUUUACACCGUUCGAACGAGUACAAAUACAGCCGCGAUGCGGUGGACAAGGCGGGAUUGCGUACAUCCCGCUGUUUGCUAUCACACACGUCCAGCUCCUGUAUCCUGGAGGCCGUCGACCUAAAGCUGGACGCACAUAUUACGCAGGAAUGGCAGGAGCUGCGUCCAUUAUUUCUAUCAACUGCAAGGAUAUCCGUGUGAUGCGAUUCCAGCUGGACAGUCAAGCGUCCGUUUCCGACGACCAAGCUCAUAAAUUACGUGCAACAAUUGCAAAACUAGCCGAUGCUUCGCAGCGAUACACCCUUGUUGAACGAGGAAGUCCCAUUCGAACAAUAUCUCCUGCACUUGGUCCGCUGUCGAGCUCAACUAGUGACAGCGACACAUUAGACGGAGACAGAGAAAGCUCCAUACAUGAGAGCAAGGAGCCUUUUUUCCAGAUCCCCUCGAGAUCUCUAGCGUAUGCAGCGUCACCAGUGCUUCGUCCAGAUCGAAUGCUGACGAUUCCUCGCGAAAUAAGUGGAUCGUUUGCGUUCUCGUAUUCGAUCAGCAAUGUCCCUCCCGAGCAGAAUGGCUGGCAUUUGUUCGUGGAUGAGCGCGAGUUUAAGCGCCAAAUUGGCGGCGACCCUGCUGUGUCUCCAUUCCUUAAGUAUUAUAAAAACGAAAGAGGAAAUAUCUGCAAGUCGUAUCCAUCCAAGUUACUUCUCCCAGCGUCGAUGAACUCCGCGACGUUGGCUAAAGUGGCUGAUUUCCGUGCCAAGAACCGACUGCCUGUGAUCACGUACUACCACCGUCGCAAUCGGUGUGUCCUGACUCGCUCUAGUCAGCCUCUGUUGGGGAGCUUACUCUCGGGCACUUCCAACGUCUCCGACCAGCUACUUCUGGGCGUGUAUCGUCGACUACCGGAUAUUAUCAAGAACCAGUCGCAGUCGUCCCAGUCGUCUCGACCCAUCUACAUAUUUGACGCUCGCAAACCGAAAGCGUCCACUGGCAAUCGACUCAUGGGGAAAGGUGGCGUGGAGACACCGCAGGAUUACCCCGGAGCUGUUAUUCACCACCUGAAUAUCGCCAAUAUGUACCGCAUGCAGUCGUCGUUCAUGGGUUUGAUGAAGCUGUUUCUCCCCGGCGGUGUUGAAGAUAGCGACCGUACGUGGCUGUCCAGUGUGGAGUCGACAAGGUGGCUGGAUCAUGUUCGAUUGGUGCUGGAUGGUGCGCUGAAGAUCGCGCGUGUAUUGGAGUUAGAAGGAGCUUCUGCACUUGUACACUGCAGUGACGGCUGGGACCGAACGGCUCAACUGUGUGCUCUGGCGCAACUGAUCAUCGACCCGUACUACCGAACCAUCCGUGGGUUUGCGACACUUGUGGAAAAAGACUGGCUAGCAUUCGGACACAAGUACGCCGAAAGGUGUGGCAGUGACCGUAAUCGAGACCCGCAACGCAACAAGUCGUCGCCUAUCAUGUUCCAGUUCAUCGACGCUGUCUGGCAGAUGCAGCGACAAUAUUCUCGUUCGUUCGAGUUCAACGAGCGCUUCUUGUUGCACUUGGCGAACGCGAUGACGUCGGGACUUUACGGGACUUUCAUGUACGACACGCGACUGCAGCGAGACGUGAACGAGGUCAAGUAUAACAGCGUCUCGGUGUGGACACCAGUGCUGAUGAAGCCAGAGCUGUACUCUAACAGCAACUACGAGAUGCACGAUGGCCCCAUCUGGCCCUGGGUGAGCUGCAAGAUGAUGCGUCUCUGGGAAAACUACUUUUUCCAGUGGCAUCCCAAGUAUUACAAGUGUCAGUGGGCAUGCAGUUUGAUCUAUCAUGGUCCCUCCAGUGCUCGCGGUGGUACAAGUGACGGUGGGGACAAAGAUAAAGAGAAUGCCCAACAACAAACCCCGCACUGGGAUACCUCCCACGCUAAAGGAUUGCCGGCGUUAGACCUGUUGGCAACGCCAAUCACGUCCAGUAUCGUCGAAGAAAACGGUGCUCAUGACGUGCCGGUCAUUAGCUUGUCCUCGGAAGAUGAAGACAGCUUGAAAAGAGUGCGAACGGCCAGUGGGACCUACACGAAGAAGGCAUCAAAGCGGAACAUUUUCGGGCUAACCAGAGGAAGCCGUCAACGUGCACAGAGCGAAGAGAAUGGAAGUCAAGAAGUGUGCUAGAAAACACGGAAAUCGUAUCACCAACGUAGGAAUUGGGACAGCCAUUAGCGUCGGCUGACUCUUCUUGUACAAAAUGCUUGAUUUCAUUUAUCAUUUUUUUUUAAGUUGAAAUUUGCAUUA